GGGAUUUACCUGAGCGGAGGGCCUCGAACUUCGCGUCUCACCUCGCGGGAACUUCCUCGCAUGAACCCGAGGCCGCGAUGAGUCGGAGAACCAGAAGAUGGAUCUUACGGGUUUUACUCUGCUUGGGGGUUGUUUACCUGAAGAUCGGCGGCUUCUCCUCGGUGGUGGCCCUCGGAGCCAGUAUCAUCUGCAACAAGAUCCCGGGUCUGGCCCCCCGCCAGCGGAUUAUCUGUCAGAGUCGGCCCGACGCGAUCAUCGUGAUCGGGGAAGGCGCGCAGAUGGCCGUCAAUGAAUGUCAGUUCCAGUUCAAACAUGGACGCUGGAACUGCUCGGCUCUGGGCGAGAGGACCGUCUUCGGAAAAGAGUUGAAAGUGGGCAGCAAAGAAGCGGCCUUCACCUACGCCAUCAUCGCGGCCGGCGUGGCCCACGCCGUCACCGCCGCCUGCACGCAGGGGAACCUGAGCGACUGCAGCUGCGACAAAGACAAGCAGGGCUUCUACAGCAAGGACCAGGGCUGGAAGUGGGGGGGCUGCUCGGCGGACAUCGGCUACGGCCUGGGAUUCUCCAAAGUCUUCAUCGACGCCCGGGAGGUCAAACAGAACGCCAGGACGCUGAUGAACCUCCACAACAACGAGGUGGGACGCAAGGUCCUGGAGAAGAACAUGCGGCUGGAAUGCAAGUGUCACGGCGUGUCGGGCUCCUGCACCACCAAAACCUGCUGGACCACCCUUCCCAAGUUCCGCCAGCUGGGCUACAUUCUCAAGGAGAAAUACGCCCAGGCGCUGCACGUGGAGGCGGUCAAAGCCAGCCGCAACAAGCGGCCCAAGUUCCUGAAGAUCAAGAAGCCCUACUCGUACCGGAAGCCCUCCGACACGGACCUGGUGUACACGGACAAGUCGCCCAACUACUGCGAGGCGGACGCCGUGACGGGCAGCCUGGGCACGCAGGGGCGCGCCUGCAACAAGACGGCGGCGCAACACGCCGGCGCCUGCGACCUGAUGUGCUGCGGCCGCGGCUACAACACGCACCAGUACUCCCGCGUCUGGCAGUGCAACUGCAAGUUCUUGUGGUGCUGCUCCGUCAGGUGCAACACCUGCAGCGAGAGGACCGAGGUGUACACGUGCAAGUGACCGUGUUUGAGUGGACCCCCCGGCUGCACGCCGAGCUUCCACCGGGCGUCGGACGCCGGCGCACGGGGGACAUGUGGAAUAUUUAAUAACUGUCGACUAGAGAAUGGAGGACAUUGGUAUUAAUUUAUUUGACAAGAACUACUGAUGUGGGGUCAACAAAGAACUCAAUGUUGGGAGGGUUAGUUUGUUCAAGGGAUGAGUUUUUUUUUCUUAUUAACUUUUGACCCGCUUGCUGUACGUCUUCCUCACGUUUUGCUGCUAGUCCCGAUUGUUUAGCGUCACAAACACUGGCACAUGUUCCACUUCAUAGAGUAUAUUUUGUAAGAGCCUAUUUUUGUAUGGAUGUCUUAUUUAUAUAUGUUGCUUAAUAUUCCACCUUCAAGGGGACCUGCGCCUCUCUGGGAUGCUAUUUGUUAUCCACAAUCCUCAUGCAAGACAAGAACGCACAGGUUUUUAUUUUUUAUUUUGUAUUUUUUUGCAUUCUAAAUCGUAAAUAAACAGGAGCAAAAGUCAGCUAACAAUGGAGCCAAUAGGAAACGUCUAUUUUUGAGCCUGAAUAUAAGGAGGAGGAUCUACACGUUUUAGAAGCAGACAAACACUAAGCGUCAUGUAGCACUAUGGCUAAAUGCGAAAAAAACAUUAUAAAACAAUCACUUACUGUACGAUGUCCGCUCUCACUUCCAAUGCAAUAAAUCCACAAUGUGUUAUAAAAGGGUACAUGACACUACUGGUCCCACCUUUACUAUAAUAAUGUUAAAAGAACAACUUAAAGUCUUAUAAAAUAUUCACACAAACACUAAUUGUCAUGUAGCAGUAUUGCUAAGUGCUAGGCAAGGUAUACAAACAUAAUAAAACAAUCACUUACUGUACAAUCUCUGCGCUCACAGGGAUAAAGACUGAUGAGAUGUUUAUAUCGUCCCCUUUACAUCAACAAUUCAUCAUGUAGCAGUAUUGCUAAGUGGUAAACAAGAUAUACAAACAUAAUAAAACAAUCACUUACUGUACAAUGUCUGCUCUCACUGGGAUAAAGACUGAUGGGAUGUUUUAUAUCUUCCCCUUUACAUCAACAAGUCAUCAUAGCCUCACAAAGGGUUAAAAAAAAGGUGUUUUUUUCGUGUCUUUCUGGCCAUCUUAAGUU